AUGACACGAAAUAAGAACUAUGAAGAACAACAGGAACCAAAUAAUGCUAAUAUGAAAUCAAAUUCUAAUGACACAGAGUCCAUAAAGCCUCUCAAAAGGCCGAAAAAGCAGUCGUAUUUUUUCAAACCUGUGAACAAACUAACAUCAGAAGCAGAAAAUCAUACUCAAAUGAUCAAGCCGAUAGAUACAAACACACUACGAUCUCAAAUUCAACCUGUCAGAGAAGCCGAUGGUUAUGCACAUAUCUCAGAGUAUAGUCCUAAGCGUAAAGCUAAAAAACACAUUGAAGUGCAAGUCGCCACUGAUAAUUCCGAUGAUAGUUUUGAUGGAGUACGUUGGAGAGAUAGUCCUGAUUCAAAAUCGAACCAUCGUGAGGAGAGCAAACUAAAUGCUUUAAAGCAAGGAGUACAAUACUCUUCAUCCCCUUUGAAAAGCAUUAAGCAUGUGAAAACAGAAUCGGCAGGUGGGACUACUGAAGUGCUAUCAAAGUAUGGAGCAGAUUUCUAUAAUGUCGCAUCAAUUUCACCCAAAUUAUCAAAGACGCAUUCUGACUUGAGCAACCGAGUUAGCAAGUUCAAGAAUGAGUCUACGAGGGUAUCUGCUUUACAAAGAACAAAGUCAACCGGUGUUGAAAGUGUGGACAAAAGUCUGUAUUCUGGAUUAGUUCAAGGAACGUUGAGUAGUUGGAUUAGCAAGCUAAAUAGUGGUGACACCAAAGAUGAAACACCUAAAUCUUUCAACAUUAAGCUGUCACCAACAGGAAAAACCUAUGAUGAAACACUACAAUCGAAUGAUCCCUUUUCCGAAGAUGAAGAAAUUUUGAAAAUGUUAUCACAACAUGAAAUUUUUUUGGCAAAUCAGGACCCUUCUGGGGAUAAGCGCUCAAGUGUUGACUCAUCGCCUUCAAAGAGCAAACAGUACAUCAAAUCCGAGGACUUGAAAUCCUCUCCAAAGGCUGACAUUUCAGAAGACCCAUUCUCAGAUGAAACAGACCCCGAGUUGGUGAAUCUUUUGAAUGGUGGAGACAUAAAGAACUCUGUCUUUACAAAGUCGUUCAAAGAGGGUAUGGAAAAAUUUGAGAAACUUUUGAUAAGGAAAGGCGAAUGCGUCGAAAAAGAAGAGGAGUUCACUGAUAUUGCUUACGGAAGGUCGAUGUUACGAAGGUUCAAAAUUCUCAGUUGCACAGAGCAGGUGUACGGAGUCAACGGUACUAAGCAAAACAUACUAGAAGUUACCAAUGCUGAUAAGCAAAAGUCUAGACUCAUUCUAAGAGGAGAGUAUUGUGAGCUCGAUUUUCUGGUAAAUGAUAUAAUUCAUGUUAUAAACACUGAUGAAAGAAACCCAAACUUGAUUGAUGAUACACAUAAUUUGCUUGUCUUGAAUCCCGACAUCUUAAUUACGGCCACGAAGAUUGCACAGCAAGUGAACUGUCCUCGAAAGACUGUUUUGGUAUCACGAUACAAAUUCCCUGGAACAACUUCCAUUCCUAUAAUUGUCGGAGAGAUGGUGCACUACAUAUUUCAAGAGUGUAUGGUGGCUGAGACAUGGGAUCUUCAAUUUAUGCGUGAGAUAUUUAAUGAUUUGAAAGAACAAUAUUUGUUAACCUUAUGCACUAUUGACAAAGGCAUGGAAGAUGUUGACCAAGAGGUUGAAAAACAUCUACCGUAUUUGCAAGAGUGGUUUGAAAGUUAUUACAAAAAAGACUCAAAAUCAAGACCAAAGAUUGAUGAUUCUCUGGAACGAGAUCAGAUUUCGUUCGCCGUCGAUGAUAUAUUAGAUAUAGAAGAAGAAAUAAGAUCUCCUGUUUUUGGAUUGAAAGGUAUGAUAGAUGCCACCAUCAUUGCUAACCUACUGAACAAGGCUGUAAAUGGGAAAUACCUAUUACCGAUGGAGAUCAAAACCGGUCGAGAACACAUAAGUCACAGUGCUCAAGCAUCUUUGUACGCCCUUCUUUUCAAGGAUCGGUAUGACAUGGAUAUAGACUCGUUUAUCCUUGUGUACACAAGGGAAGGUGUCACCAAGAGGUGUCAAAUACGUGUUUCAGAUUUGCGCUCAUUGAUUAAUUUGAGGAAUCGUGUUUCUCAGCACCUUAGAUCUGGUCGUACAUUACCUGAUAUUUUGAGGCGCUCAAGUUGCGAAAGAUGUGAGGUUGUUGCUGGCUGCAUGACUAUUAAUUAUUUGUCUGAGGAUGGUACCAAGGAAAACUCAGGUAUUGAUGAAGAUGAUUACGAAUUGAUGACUUAUCAUUUAGCAAACUUAAAAUAUAAAGAGUACUUCAGAUAUUGGGAUACACUAAUUUCGAAAGAAGAGAAUAUCAUGAGCAAAUCGCUUAAACAUUUGUGGACUUUACCUAACCUGCUACGUGAAGAACACGGAACAAGCUUGAAUAAUUUGAGGAUCAUUGAUUCCAAUGAGGAUGAAAGUCUGAUAUUUUACAUUGCCAGUGCCCAUGGAGACAAAUCCCAAGCAAAGCAAUUUUUGUACACUUUUGCAAAAGACCAAGCUGAUGCAUCUUUCAAUAUGUUGUCUUCAAAACUUACUAUCAAUGACAGGGUUUUGAUUAGCGACGAGGAGGGGCACUUUGCUAUUGCUACGGGUGUAAUCAAAUCAAUAUUACCUUCAAAGAUCACAUUGAGCACUAGACGAAGAAUAGUCACAUACGAUAUGAAAAUGAAAACCUUCAAUCAAAAAAACAAUCAAAUCAUGGAGAGUUUAAUCCACGGACGUGGGAAACCUCAAGCAUCAGGAAACAAAAGGUUCAUCAUCGAUAAGGAUGAGAUGUUUUAUGGCAUGGGUCUAGCUCGAUACAACGUCUUGAGGAUAUUUUUGCCUGAUUCGCUGGCGGAACUUCGUGAUUUACUAGUUGACUUGAAAGCUCCAAAGUUCUCGAAUAACAAUGAACCGUACACACUCGAAUCUGAGUUCAAUCACUGUCAAACGAUGGCCCUAAAUAAAGUCUUUUCUGCGGAAAACUAUGCACUUAUUCUUGGUAUGCCUGGGACAGGAAAAAGUACCAUCAUUGUGGAAAUGGUACGAAGAAUUGUGGAAGAGGGGAAAACUGUCUUGCUUACAUCUUACACAAAUUCAGCUGUUGAUAACAUUCUUUUGAAAAUCGUGGAGAAGAUGGGUGAUAACAAAAAAUUCAAGUUUUUAAGAAUAGGGUAUCCCCUACGAGUUCACAAGUCGCUACACAAAUAUAUUCCUGAUUAUGCUGAACCCAUCAAAUCACGUUCUCAAUACAGGGAAACCUAUGAAUUACCGAAUAUUGUGGCAACCACCUGUUUGGGAAUCACUGACUCUUGUUUCAAUUUGCGACAAGAGUUUGAUUACUGUAUAGUCGACGAGGCUUCGCAAAUCACCGUACCAAUCAAUUUGGGACCAAUAAGUCUUGCUAAAAAGUUCAUAUUAGUGGGGGAUCACUAUCAGUUGCCUCCCUUGGUUCUCCAUCAAAAUGCUGAAGUUAAAUACGGGCUAUCGCAAUCUUUAUUCAAGAUACUUGCAGAAGCACAUCCCCCAGCAGUGAGUGAAUUAACAGAGCAGUACAGAAUGUGUGAGGACAUAAUGCAAGUUUCCAAUAUUUUAGUCUAUGAAAAUAAAUUGAAGUGUGGAUCACCAUCAGUUGCCAAUCAAUGUAUGGAUGUCCCUUAUCCGGAGGCAGUUACCAGUUUCUUUUUGCCGGAGGUGCCAAAAAGACACCAAUGGAUGGAUCUUGUGUUUGAUAAACAUCGAAAAGUAUUGUUUCUUGAUCAUGAUACCGUGCCAGCAUAUGAAACUGUCUUUGGGGAAGCCGUACGUAACUCAAGAGAAGCAACUUUGAUCCAGCAAAUUGUCAAGGCAUUUGUCACCGCUGGUGUGGAUGAGUCUCAAAUAGGUGUGAUGUCCUUUUACCGCUCUCAACUUGAACUUUUGAAACGAAAUUUGUCAUCAAGAACAGACUUAGAGAUACUUACUGCAGACCAGUAUCAAGGCAGAGAUAAACAAUGCAUCAUUAUCUCUUUGGUACGUUCCAACAACGAGAAAAAUGCUGGUGAUCUUCUAAAAGAGUGGCGACGUCUAAAUGUGGCAGUGACUAGAGCUAAAUCCAAGUUGGUAAUUCUUGGGUCACGGUCCACUUUAUCUACAAACGACACUACGAAAACCUUUAUUGACUUUUUGGAGCUGAAAGGUUGGUAUUACUCACUACCUAAAGACGCUGAUAUGAUAUACGAUUUACCACAAUCGGAGAAUAGCUCCCCAAUACAGAAAAGAUUGCAAAAAGCUCGUGUUAGCAAAAAUAAUCCUGUUAUUAGAAAUAUUAUUGAUGAUAUUACUAAAUAG